AUGAGUGCUUCAAACAGAAACUCAUACGUCGCAUCCCCCAACGGCGACCAGCAGUCUUCACAAGGAGCGACGGACGAGAGCGGUGCCCAACAACUCGUGACUGCCGUUGACGAGCUGUUAGAUCAGCUACAAAAUCGCUUUGAGAAUGUCUCUACGGAGAUACUAGGGAAAUUGGAUGAUAUGUCACGGCGGAUUGACGAGCUUGAGAAUUCGAUUGCUUCCGCUCGAGAUUCUACCCAGUCGGCUUGA